UUUUCAAGCGAUCAUAAAUAUUGUUUAAAAUGGGCGAUGACAGCUGACAGUGACGUGUCUGUCCGUGCAAAUUUCCAGAAUGGUGAUUUGAAGACUUUUGUGACUCGCCCUGCCCAUCCUUGCACGCCGCGUUAUAAAAGUCCCCCCCAUGAGUGGGUACCCUCCAGAACGCACAGGAGCAGAAAACGCCUGAGGACAACUUCUAUCUAAACCAUCCUUUAAACCCUCAACUCAAUAUGCAUCCUAACUUGGGUACCUGGCUGGGCGCACUGACGCUCCUCGUCUGGACCUUUAUAUGCAUCGGGACGCUCGCGGAAGGCUACCCGGUCAAACCUGAAAACCCCGGAGAAGAUGCGCCCGCGGAGGAACUUGCCAAGUAUUACUCCGCUCUUAGACAUUACAUCAACCUCAUCACAAGGCAGAGGUAUGGGAAGAGGUCCAGCCCUGACACACUGGAUUCACUGAUCUCAGAACUGCUGCUGAAGGAGAGCACAGAUACGCUCCCACAGUCCAGAUAUGAUGAACCAUCGUUGUGGUAAGCGUGUCACUGUCCCCGCCCAGCACCCUACCAUCGCCACGACGAUAUACUGACCUCAACAGCAUGGCCACCUCACCAUGGCCGACGCCCCAUCCAAACAACCCCAGCUAGCACCCUACCAUCCCCCUCUCCAUCCAGAUGCUACUCCUGUGCCAGAUAACUAACUGCACAUGUACAGAGUCUUAUUUAAGUCACCUGUACAUUGGUAAGUUAGGGGAGAGAAUUAUUGAUUGUAUGGUAAAACUGUGCUAUUAAAUAUUCAUUAUAUAAUGGA